GGCCGCUCUGCGUGUGAGGGGAUGGCGGCGGACCCCAAGCUCCUGUGAGGGGUUUCUCGCCAUGAGGGGCUCGGGCUGGGGCCCUUCCCCAUCCUGAGGGGCUCGGGCUGGGCUCCAUCUGCCUGGGAGGGGCUGGAGCUGGGCCCUCUCCCCAUUUUGGAGGGCUCAGGGCAGACCCAGGCCCCCUCUGAGGGUCUCCCCUGCUGAACUCUCGCCAUUUGAGCUGCUCACCCCACUCCCAGCAGCCCUGAGCCCCCUCCCCUCAUCUCUGCCCCCUUUCGAGGAGCCCCUUCCCCAUCACCCCCUUUUUUAAACUGAUGGGACAAUCUCCAAGGCUUGGAAGGGCCGGUUUUUAACAGAAUCUCUGGGAUUUAGAGGCUCAUGGAUGAGGAACCCCUUUGUUUUUCCUCCCACAGAGCCCUGCCUGAUUUAUAUAAUAUUUUUCAUCACUUGGAUGCUUCGUUAUGAGCCACUAAUCCGAGCAGGAGCCGAGUCAGUGCCUUGCUGCAGCAGUUUUGGGGCUGGGGACGCAGCCCAGGUGUGCAGGAGGAGCAGCCUGUCCAGGCUGAUGUCCCCGCUGUGAGCACACCCAGGGCUCUGGAAUCCUGUCAGGAUGAGGAUCGUGGUGGCCAAGGUGCUGUGUCUGCUGGGGAUCUGUGUCCUGAUGCUGGCCGGGGCCCUGCUGCCCGUCAGGAUCAUCGAGGCCGACUACGAGAAGGCUCAGCGCUCCCGGAGGAUCCUGGCCCUCUGGAAUUCCUUCGGAGGCGGCGUCUUCCUGGCCACCUGCUUCAACACCCUCCUGCCCGCCGUGAGAGGGAAGCUCGAUGAGGUGCUCAGGCAGAACAACGUGACCACGGACUACCCAGUGGCUGAGACCAUCAUGAUGGUUGGCUUCUUCCUGUCGGUCUUCGUGGACCAGCUCUUCCUGACCUUCCAGAAGGAGAAACCCUCCUUCAUCGACCUGGAGACCUUCAACGCCGGCUCGGACGCGGGCAGCGACUCCGAGUACGAGAGCCCGUUCAUGGGCUCGUCCCGCGGGCGCGCCCCGUACGGGGAGCACGGCCCGGCCUCGCACGGCCUGGCGCUGCCGGAGCUGGCGCGCUGCGGCCCCCGGCGCCUGCUGGGGCUGGUGUUCGCCCUGUGCACCCACUCCAUCUUCGAGGGCCUGGCCCUGGGCCUGCAGGAGGACGGCGGCAGAGUGGUCAGCUUGUUCCUGGGAGUGGCCGUGCACGAGACGCUGGUGGCCGUGGCUUUGGGCAUCAGCAUGGCCAAGGCCUCGCUGCCGCUGAGGGACGCGGCCAAGCUGGCGGUGGCCGUGUGCCUGAUGAUCCCGCUGGGAAUCGGCGUCGGGAUGGGCAUCGAGAGCAGCCGCAACGCCGCGAGCAGCGUGGCGUCCCUGCUGCUGCAGGGCGUCGCCGGCGGCACCUUCCUCUUCAUCACCUUCUUCGAGAUCCUGGCCAAGGAGCUGGAGGACAAGAGCCACCGGCUGCUCAAGGUGCUGUGCCUGGUGCUGGGCUACGCCGCGCUGGCCGGGCUGGUGCUCAUCCCCUGGUGAGCCGGGAGCCUCGGGAAGCCGAGGGAGCAAAGCUCGCCUCUCCCCUCCCACCGGCGCCGGGAGGAGCCGCCCCUUUCGCCGCUGGAACGGCCCGAGCCGGGCGGUGUUUCCGUGAGGACCUGGAGGAGGAGAAGCUCUUCCCGUGUGUUCAGAGUGAGGAACAUCCCGAGGGAUCAUCCCUGCCCGAGGGACUGCGGGGAUUAGCGGACACAGACGUUAAGGGUCUGGGUGAAAUGUGCUUCCAGGAGCUCCUCGAGUGCCUGUGGCUUCCUGCACUGCCCAGAGCCCACCUUGCUCUCCCUCCUUCCCCUCGGGCCGGGAGCCUGCUGUGGGGGCUCCGAGGAGGUGAAGAACAAGUGGGAAUGGAGGCAGAGCAGGUGGGAGCAGGGAUUGCCAGGCUGCGCUAAGCUGCUUUCGCCGGCUUAGUUCAGAGCAAAACCUGGUUGUAAGAGCUGCCAAAAAUAACAUCCCUGUGGGGCUCCAGCCUUCUGGGCCCUGCUGGCUCCACACAGCUUCCAGUGGCCCACCUGGAGCUCGGGGAGCUCAGAUUUCCCAGGGAUUCAUGGAAGAAACGAGGCCGGGCCCCUCUAUCCUGCUUCCUUCUCAGCUUGGUCUCCACAGAGCAUUCCCUAAGGAAAAACCUCUGAAAAUCAGGAUGAAUCUCAGGAUGGUUUGGGUUGGGAGGGACCUUAAAGCCCAUCCAGUGCCAUGGCAGGGACUCCUUCCACUAUCCCAGGUUGCUCCAAACCCUGUCCAGCCUGGCCUUGCACACUUGCAGGGAUGGAACAGAUCCUUGCGUUACCCAGAACCUGGGAUCCAUGAGCUCGCAGCAAACGGGCAGUAACAAUUUCCAGCACUGAUAUUUUGGAGCAAACUGGUGUUUUCAGUGCUCUGCAGUCCUGGGGGCUGAGCAGUUCCCAUCAGGGACUGCUCCGAGGCUUCUCCAGGUUUCCAAAGGAAUGGAAUGGCCUCCCUUGGCGGGGAGCGGAGCCGCUGCUGGGAAACACGAGCAGCUCUCGGCAGCCGCAGAGCCCCAGGGAAGCUCCGUGUGCCGCCGAUCCCGCCGGAUUUACCCUCGGGAGCAAGGAGCUGGGAUCAGAGGCUGGAGCUGGGAAUGUGCUCCUCCCCAGCCGUGAAACACAGCCUGGCUCAGGCAGGGGCUGCAUUUUAAUUACCCGGAGCCUUCUCUCCUGCAGCAGCUUCCGCCGGGCUCCUGGAAGCGCUGAUGGAAUUAUAAGGAUGGCGCAGUGCCGGCAGCGGGAAGGAGGCUCGGAGCCUCCGCGGUGGCCCAGCUGCAGCAUAUGGAGGCAGCUGAGCAUCAUCUGACAGAUCCUGGGGCUCGUUAGUUUAAUUGCUGCAACAUCCCCGAGUCAAUUAAUCUUCCUUUGAAAACCUGGAGUGGAGAGGGGGGGCGAGGCGGAGGGAGGUUAUUUUGGGCUUGGCAUGACACAAACCAGCAGGAUGAGGAGAACGUGAUUUGCUUCGGCGUGGUUAAAGCCUCAGGGCUCUGUCACCUCCCCUGAGGGGUGACCUCUCUCCUGGGGGGGGAUGAGGGGGAGAGGUGACACGGUGCUGAGUGUCCCCUGUUGGGCUGUCACCUCCGUUUCGCACCCUCCUCCUGCUGCAGUUUGGGAUCGGGGAGGGCUGUGAAGCGCCUGGGGGUGCUGAGCUCCCCCAUCCUCAUCCCGCCGCCUUUGGCGGGGGGUUCAUCCACAGGAUCAUCCCGUGCUCCGGGCUGGAGGAGGAGGAGGAGGAGGCCCUGCUGCUCCCAAUAAAUUCCCUGCCCUUCUCCCCUCGC